GUAUGUAAGUAAAAGUGUUCUGUGAUUGUAGGUUGAACAAUAAAACACAAAUUAAUAAUAAUACAAUAAGAAAAUGUUGGAACUUGAAUAUAACAUAAUAUUAUAUAAUUAUAUACAACAAUAAUAUCUCUCGUUAGAAAGUAAUAUAUUCCUUGAAUAAUUUAAGCAUGACUUUUUCUUAUUAUAUAGCAAACUGAAAUUUGCAAUGAAUGAUUUUAUAAAAACCAAUAAAACUGCUGCUGUUUAUUGGAUACAGCAGCCAAUUGAGGAUACACAAUAUUGCGUUAGGAUAAAACACCAAGAUAAUACUGUAUCACUCCCAAAAUUUCAUGACUCAACAUCAGAAAGAGAAAUCCUGGACCAGAAUAAUACAGAAAAAUAUACUUUUAAAUGGCAGGAAAAGGUAUUCAGCCAAUAUGAGCAUGAUACAUAUUCAGAUAACCAUACCUGUGUAACAGAGAAUGAUCUAUGUUAUCAUAAUAUGAUUAAAACCGAAAACUGUUCUCCUCAAAGAGUAUUUACAUAUAUUGAUAAUGAUUGUUAUCUGCCCUUGCCUUGUAUUAAUAACAAAAACAUCUCUGACUCAAUAUUGAGCAGCUUUUUGGAAAAAUUUAGAUUAAAUGAUGUAAUUGCAUCUUCUAUUGGAGAAACAAACUCAACUGCAAAUUUAUGUCAAAGUCAGGAAAGCAAUGCUUUAUUAAAACAAGAAUGGAUGGCUAUGCACAUUGUGUAUGACAAUUCAAAAUAUGAUGGGGAUGGAAAUCUUAUAUUCAAAGAAGACUGCCUACUUCUUUCUGUAUACUUUAAUACAUAUUCCAAUUUCAUCAUAUUAUCUCCAGAUGUUAACAAUAUUGUAUUUAAUCCGUAUAUCAUUGAAGAUAGUUUGGGUGUUUUGGGCUUGGAAUAUGGAGUGGAUGUUAAAUUCGGAGUACAGAAAUGUGGAGAAGAUCUUGAAGACCUGCUCGGAAAACUUUACGAGAAGUGGAAGAAGAAGCAUAAACAGACUUACAGUUUUAUAUAUCCAAAUAUUGGCAAACGAAAGUAUUAUGUGACACUAGAAAUUGUGCUAGCGGAAAACUUUGAAAUGGAUAAUAUUUAUAUUGAAUACUACAUAAAGCUUCCAGAUGGAGUGGAGUGUAAUAACGUCUUGCAAGGAAGGACACAUGUCACAAAGUCUACUAAAACGGCCAAUAGACGCUGGCUGUAUGGACACACUGUUGAUUUGGAAUUUGAAGUGUCAUUGAAUGAUGAUCCACAGCCAAUCAGAAUAUUCUUGGAAGUGAUCUCUGUGGACUGGUGGGGCAGGCACAGAACUGAGGGAUAUAGUCGUCUCUCUCUCACACUGGCGCCAGGCGCACACCUCGAGCGUCUGUCCUGCUCUAGACCUAGCGAGAUGAAUGACGUAGUAGCGGAGAGUCGAAGGUUCUUCAUUGGUGGAUGUCAUCUCCUUGACGAUUUGAAUGUGCUUGAUUCACACAAUUUGCAGGAUGCAGACUUCAAGUUGGUAUCGACCGGAACAGUAUUAGUGCGUUGGUCGUGUAUAUCGCAAACUCGGAUGAUGAGGCAAGCGCCGUUGGAUUCCAGCGCAGUAUUGGAAGGAGUGGAUGCUGUGCUGAAACAAUAUAAACUGGCUAAGGCCACUUUGAAGGCCGCCACUAAGGCCGUCAGAUACGAUACUAAUUAUACCGAUGAUUCCACAUAAACAA